AAUAUUAUAAAUAGGGCGCAUGCCCUCAUAUAUUAUUGGCAUAUUGUGGAAGCGCCACUAUAUAUAUACAUAUAUAAUAAUAAUUAUUGUGAGAGGAAAGGGAAAGGGUUUUUCUCUGCCUCUGCUCGCUUGCCUCUGUGGUUUUGAAACAUUAAAGACAGCAAUUCUAAGAAGAACAUUUUGAUCAACAAAUGGCAUUACCUCUCAAACGUGGACGAAAUUCUAUGACUCCUGCACAAGUAUCUCAAGAUGCAAACCACACGGUCUUAGAAGUGAUAUUGAGCAGGGAAAACAAUGGAAUAACCAAACCUCAAAUUAGGUAUGAAACCAAAUUGGCCGAUACAAUUAUAGCAAAAUCCAUUAAUUUACUCAAACUGCAAAACAAGAUAAAAGAAGUGACCGACAUCCGAAACAAGAGAACUAAGCUUUUUAUGGGGGCCGGAUUUGAAGCCUCAAAGGAAGUGACCGGAGGAGAGUGGUAUACAGAUGGGAAGCUAGAUGUUGAAUUCGUAUCCACCUUGAAAAUCUUGUGCUUAAAGAGUAUGCAAAAAGUGGGAGUAGCUACUGUUGAAGAUAUAGCAGAGUCCAUUGAAAGGUUGGGUGUGUUCAAAGGCAACAAUAUUGAUUUGAAUCAGAUUCAUCAGGUUUUGGGGUCAUUGGAGUUGGAGGGUGAGGUUGAGAAAAUGAGUGAUGAUGGGCAGGGACGUGUCUCGUCUGUGCCAAUUGGGAAGAUUUGUUAUAGGACUCGAGCCAAGAAGUUGGAAAAGACUAAUGCAAUGGCAUCAAUCCCUUGCGGCAUUUGUCCUCAGAUUAGCCUUUGUACACCGGAUGGUAUCAUCUCUCCAAUCACAUGUGUCUAUUAUAAAAGGUGGCUAGAUUUCUAGCCUAAAGUUUUGGAGUAAUAUAACAGUCUGAACUCUCAUCAAGUUAUGAUUUGUUUUAAAAUUUGUUGCAUAGUUUUUAGUUCCUUGCUUUUCAUGGACUAUAUGACAUGUGCUUCUUUCACCUAUGCUGAAUUCUAGAGGUUUUAAUGAGGUAAUUGAUGCAAGAAUCUAAUACAAGUGAAAAUUCUUUGUGUUCAACUUGCAGACUCUGGUUGCUCAUGUCUUUGGCAAAAUUCAAUCUUAUUGUCUAUCAACUUUAUGUCAUAGAAGGUAAUGUGUGGAUUCUCAGGCAUUUUCUUAUCUACACAUUUUGUUAUAUAGAAAAAGGCAAUGUACUUUGUCAAAUGAUACAUAACUUCAGAGGACCAAACGAGCAUGAUGUAAAAUAAAUGGCCAUCCUUCUUGUAUUUGUUUGAUAUGUGUGCAGUAUUAUAAGGCCCUUGGUGAAAAGCUUUUUUCUUUUGUGCAUUAGUAAACUGUAACUUUAUAAACUUAUCCCUUCAUGAAGAAAAUGAGUUCCGUAUUCCCUUUAUUGUCUAGCCUUGAGAAUGUAUAACUUUUGGAUUAGUCCAUCAGUAAUAUUAUCAGCAAUAUAUUAAGUUUAGUA